UACCACUGUAGAAAAUAUCCGAGCGAUCAUAUGCUGGGUGUGGUCAUACGUUGUCUGGAUGCUGUUCGACCGAUAUCAUCGUGCUGGUACGAAGUCUCAACUGGCGUUUCUCCGUCCACCACAUCGUGACUCGCCGAGCAUCAGGAUCCUGCGCUGUAUACAAAACAAUUGACGAUACCUCCUAUGAGUGGCCCUCGGAUGAAUGUCAAUGAGCACCAUUGUUGUCUUCUCGCAGAGUCUAUUUGGCACAGCUGGAGGUGUGCGGAGUGAAUGGCGUGCGCGCUAACCUCGGCUAGCGACAUGGUUUUCAUGAGGCAGUGGGUUCGUUUCUGUCAGUGCAAUCCACACUGACGUUGGAUCGUGACCCCAUCUGGUGGGAAGCAAGUCUAUUUACGACCCCAAUGUAUAAUCUCCCCAUUCUAACCCAGAAGAGAACCUAGAAAUAAGCGUAAGUUGGAUGAUAAUGGGCGAUCCUUGGCUCUCAGACCGCGUUGGUCCCUCAGUGGCCAACCGUCCAGUCGAACCCACUCCUUGUCUGUCUAUCCUUCUCCUCAACUCUUCUCUCUUUCCUUUUUACACUUUCGCUAGCCGAUGCGAAUCAUCGUCCUCAAUAUAUCCCAAAAACAGAAGGAGACCAUGUUCUAGUGCUCGCCGAUUCCCCAUCGUCAUCUUCACAUUCGUCUGUGAAUAACCCAUAAGAGACCACCUUCACUCUGUUGUGUUUCCGCAACCUCGCUUGCAUCACAAAUAUCAUCAGCUCAGAAUACUCUAGACCACGCCUCCCAGGUCUCAUAUAAGCACCACUUACUUCCUCAACCUGCCGUCACAAAAAUCAACUUUCCAUUCAGCCUCGAUUCCAUUUCUUGAACCAGGCCCUCGGAGCGGGAGAUCAGCAACCGCCGUACGGGUAUUGUACACGGUAGCACAAAAUACUUUUCUAGAACGAGGCAAAGGUCACGCAUUGAUUUGUCUGAUCCAAAAGAAAAGAAUAGACACUUUUCCGUCUUCCAUGUGAGCAUGUCCCCAAUCCUCAUCCAUAACACUUCUCUACUAGCUUCAUAUUGCACCAUUUCUUCAUCCCUGCACGUCACGCUACUUUCCCAAAGCCAACCUAGUCUCAUGCCUAUUGUUUGUCACAACAACUAUCGAUUGGUCUUCAUUCUUUCAAUUCCUCUACUUGUAGUUCAAGUCGAUAGCAAAGAUUCUUCCUCUCACGGAAACGAGUUAUUUCAAGGGUUACGCAGCCAUAUACGCGGCUGUUGGUUCUUAACCUGGCUUGCUCUCCUCCCCCAGUCACCCGUACAAAUCACCAUCCUUCAUUCAGAGCACGCAAUUUAUUGGUGGCGGGUCCAUCACAAGCCCCCACGCCUUUUGCUGCAAUACUUCCCCGGAGUGCAACAAGAUCAGCUUCAAAGCCCAAACUGACAUAUCUUAGAAUUUCCGGGUGCGUUUGCUUUUCUGGCGGCCUGGCCCUUGUAUGCGGAACGAUCGCCACGCGGGAAGAACCUCGAGUUUAUGUUGAUCCGCCUCCUUGGUAUUCCAACCGGACACUUCUUGACCCCUGGUAUAUUCAGACGAAAUAUCAAAAAAAGAGUAUAUUAGUGUCGUACUCUCGCCGCCUCCUAAGAACUUCCAAGUUCUUGGUAUUCACAACCUGCGGUCUUCCAAAUUCUUUGGUGACAGCUUUCCACGUGGACCAUUACCACCAGUCAACGGUAGCCGUCUUACCUUAUUGACGCCUCUGAGUAAUACGACAGGCCACACUAUCUCACUAAAUUCAAUAUGGCAGCCACAAAGGUUGGCCACGGGCUUGCCGAAGUUCUCGGCAUAAAGCUUCAUUAUCGCAACGAACUUAGCGAGGAGAUUCGUCGUGGGGAAUCAGUCUUCUCCUCCCAGACAGCUGGAACAUACGUGGAGUAUGAGCCAAGAAGUUUAGAAUGGGUGCAAGAGACGAUUCCAAGUGGUCACGAUCUAGCCGAAUACAGCAUAUCUAUUUUUCCCUUCACCAAAUGGAUUGGAUCCUAUAAUCUUCAAUGGCUUGCUGGUGAUCUGGUUGCUGGUGAGUUAUUCGGGUAUUUUAUCUACUUCAUAUAGCACACGCUAACCUUCUACCCAGGUAUCACCAUCGGCGCUGUAGUUGUUCCGCAAGGAAUGGCGUAUGCCUCCCUGGCGGGAUUGCCUGUCCAAUACGGUCUUUACUCUUCGUUUAUGGGUGUACUUGUUUACUGGUUCUUCGCUACUUCGAAAGAUAUCACCAUCGGUGUAAGUCUCUUCUCAUUCGUUCCAAGAUGUGCUCUAACCUCUCUUGCAGCCUGUGGCGGUCAUGUCUACCUUGGUUGGUCAGAUUGUCGCUAAAGCCUCUGUAACGCACCCCGAAAUCCCACCCAAUGUUAUAGCCUCGUCGUUAUCUGUAAUUGCAGGCUGUAUCAUCACUGCUAUCGGCCUUGUGCGUAUUGGGUGGAUUGUCGACCUGAUUCCCUUGGUCUCGAUUUCCUCGUUCAUGACCGGAUCUGCCAUCAGUAUUGCUGUUGGUCAGCUUCCGUCUUUGAUGGGUAUCUCUAAGCCAGGAUUCGAUCCCAGAGGUGUCACAUACAAGGUCUUUAUCAACACUUUGAGAUACCUUCCAAGAACCAAAUUGGAUGCAGCGUUGGGUUUGACUGCCUUAUUCUUGCUUUACACUGUCCGAUUCGUCUGUACACACAUGGCCAAGAAACACCCAGCACGCGCCAAAACAUAUUUCUUUGCUUCGACACUUCGAACUGUAGUAGUCAUCUUGCUAUACACCUUGGUCGGGUUCUUGGCAAAUCGCAACCACCGCAAGAAGCCUAUCUUCAAGAUUUUGGGAACUGUUCCACGAGGUUUGUACAAGAUCAUUCCUCCUUUACUCUAAUCUUACUAACUUUACUCAAGGAUUCCAAGCUGCGGCCGUUCCAACUGUCAAUGCCGAAAUGCUCGGUGUUUAUGCCAGCGAGUUGCCUGCGACCAUUAUCGUUCUUUUGAUUGAGCACAUUGCCAUCGCAAAAUCUUUUGGUCGUAUCAACAACUACAUUAUCAACCCUUCACAGGAGAUGGUUGCAAUUGGUGUCACCAAUAUUCUCGGCCCUUUCCUAGGUGGUUAUCCCGCCACUGGGUCCUUCUCUCGAACUGCUAUCAAAUCCAAAGCUGGUGUCAGAACACCAUUGGCAGGUGUCAUUACAGCCCUGGUUGUCCUCUUGGCAAUCUAUGCCCUCCCAGCUGUUUUCUUCUAUAUUCCAAGCGCUGCUCUAUCUGCCGUCAUCAUCCACGCGGUUGGCGAUCUAAUCACCCCUCCAAACACCAUCUAUCAAUUCUGGCGUGUCUCUCCUCUCGAGGUCCCCAUCUACUUUGCCGGUGUGUUUGUGACGGUUUUCUCAAGCAUCGAGAAUGGUAUCUACACGACUAUCGCUGCGUCAUUUGCCAUUCUCAUUUUCAGAAUUUGCAAAGCCAAAGGUCGUUUCCUCGGCAAAGUCAAGGUCCACUCGCUAUCCGAUAACCGAAUCAUUGGAGACGACUCCAGGCCUUUACUCUCUGGACAAAGCAAUGGCACAUUCGCCAAAUCAGGUGGUUCUCACGAGGAUGCACUAUCUCGAAACCUUUUCCUUCCAAUUGACCACGGCGAUGGAUCCAACCCUGACAUUGAAGUGAUGGAACCCGCUCCAGGGAUCUUCAUCUACCGCUUCUCAGAAGGCUUCAACUACCCCAACGCCAACCACUACCUCGAUCAACUCACCACCCACAUCUUCGCCAACACCCGCCGCACCAACCCACAAGCCUACAAACGCCGCGGCGACCGACCAUGGAACGACCCGGGACCAAGACGCGGCAAGCAAGAAGAAGACCACUCCCACCGUCCCACCCUCAAAGCCGUCAUCCUCGAUUUCAGCGCCGUCAACAACGUCGACAUCACCUCGGUCCAACAACUCAUCGACGUCCGCAACCAAAUGGACCGCUACGCCUCCCCACAAGUCGUCGACUGGCACUUCACCUCCCUCAACAACCGCUGGACCAAACGCGCUCUCGUCAGCGCCGGCUUCGGUUACCCCAGUAUCGUCCCCAUGGAAGGCCAAGCACAGCGCUGGAAACCCAUCUUCUCGGUCUCCGAACUGGGCGGACCUGAUUCCGCCGCUGAAGUCGCGGAGCAUCAAGCCAACGAGAAGGAGAUUGCGGACCAACGCCAGCGGGUAUCGAAGGAUGUGCAUGCUGAGGGCGAGGGCAUCACGAGUAGUUCGCAGGAUAGCCUCUCCAGCACGGUGGAUGUUAAGAGUGGUGGCAAGACGUCGAUUCGUCGUGCGGCUGUCGUGAAUGGGCUGAAUAGACCGUUGUUUCAUAUUGAUCUUACGAGUGCGCUGCAGAGUGCGAUUGCGAAUGUGGAGGCGAGACCGGAGGUUAUGUUACCUGGUCAGGGUCAGGUGUAGAGGGUUUUUCAGAUUGUAUUAUUUUUUUUUUUGGUUGUAUAGGAUUAUUGGAAUGAUAACAUGGGCUGGCUAGACGGCUUUUGCUAUAGUCGGGAUUGUAUAGUUUGAAACUUGAAGCGGUUGAUUUGAGAGGUGAGAUAUGAGAUUUGAGAUAUGGACAUGAGAUAUGGAUAGAAAUGAUACCACCCGUUUUUUUUUGAUGAAAAA